AUGAUUCUCCAUUAUCAAGGUGAACAAAGAAGAUUAGACGUAAUGUGCCCUACACUAAUCGUUUCAUGUUGCGUUGAUCAACACAUCAAUAGGAUUGAUCCAGUGCUGAUCAUGGUAGAUAGUCACUUGGAGAAUUCAGCUGCAGUGCUCCCAGAUGAAGUACAUUGUCCUAUCAACACCGCCCAGCCGUUGCCCACUGAUGAAUUUUCGUGUGACAAAGAAGAAAAUCUGGAUUUAAAUGGUAUAACUGACCAAGUGGUUAACGGGUUAUUAGCGUACGAGGCAGUUUUGCGUCAACAGCUUGAAACUGUUACUUCGGCUCGAAAACUCAUCGAGAGAACGAAGCGUGAAUCAAACGAAUUUGGUUGCAGUGGACGUUCAUUAUUGCAGAAGAAUAUCGAUGCUUUUGCAUCGAUAGAAAAGGUUCACAUGAAGUAUAUGAAGGAACACGCAUCCAUCAUCAGUUGUUGGGAAGCAGCAGGACUGCGUCAUUCCCUCCGCAACGGGGCCUGUAUGAGUGGCAAAUCAGCACCCACCUCGUCUAGUCUCGCAGACGAUGAUAACAUCAUGGUCCUUAUGGAAAAUCUAGUCGAAUUUACAGCAAAAAAAGAAGGUGACCUUCUUGCAGUCGAAGAGGAAACUGGAGGGUAUAUGUCUGUAGGAGACGAGAACACGACUUCGACGCGGGAUAACCAGCAAACGGUAACAGAGCGCAUUACAAGAGAAAAUCUUUCAGAUGUUCUACGUGGAGGAUUCGAAGAAGAGUUAAACAAUAAUGAGGGCUCUUCUGUAUCAACCUCACGUGUUUGUGCUUCGGAUGGCGAGUACGCUUUGGAUAUGCUUGAUGAACAAAAUCAACGACAGCAAAUCGAAAAUAGAAUAAGAAGCAGUGAUGAAAGCACUACGCUGUACAGUCAAGUGGAAGAGGAUCCAGGGCAGCUGUUUCCCGUUUGCUGUGCCUCUUCUUCACCGUCGUUGUCUCGUCGCAAUUCAUCAUCUAGUCUCUCCAGCGAAGAGGUGAUACGAAUCACUCAUUCGUUUCGUCCAAAAGCGAUUAACGUUGUGAGCGUGUAUGAAGCAGAUGCACCCGUAUUAGAUCCUGACAACGUUAAUCGGGGAGGAGUUUCCCAUUCAAACGGAGUUGCCUCGAUAAAGAAAGACUAUAGAAGAGGUUUGGUGGAGCCAAAAAUGACAGCCGUAGGAAGAGAGACCGAAGAGAAUGAUGUGACAUCAGAUGAGGAUGUCGUAGAGGUGGUUAGUGAUGAGGAUCUGGAAAUGCAAGAACUGAUACGACAGGAGAAACGGGCUCGUUCUGGAAAACCUGUGAGCGAAAAGAAGAAGAAACGGUCAGCUAGGAAGCAGAAGAGUAGCGAUGGAUGCGCUGAUGAAGAUGUGGACCGACUUCUACGAAAUGCCGAUGCUAUACUGCACGAAGUACCUGUUCGCAAAAUUGAUGAGGACUCUAGCGAGGAGUCCGAAAUAAAAAUGGAAGAGGAAGGUGUUACGAUAGUAAAGGAAAAAGAGAAGAAGGAAAGUGUACCAAGUAAGACAAAUGGCGCUUCUCUUUCAAAGGGUAGAGGUCAAAGUAGUUGCAAAAAAGAAGCUAAACAAGGCAAAGAAAGGACAAGGUUAGAAGACAACAAAGAAGAAGUAGAAAAGAAAGAUGAGGAAGGAAGUGCUUCUCCUGUCAAGAGUGAGCCCUCAUCGGACGAAGAAGUGAAUACCAAGCGUCGCAAGCUGUCCAAGAAAGAGAGAGAGCUUUGCAAUUUGGUUUCAUCUGCCCAGAGGCUUAUACGGUCUUCAUCAAGUGAAGGUGACGCUUCAGAGGACGGUGCUCCGAAAAGGAAAAGUCAGGAAAGAAAAAGGCGGCGAAUUUUGGCGUCUGAUUCCGAUGCUAGUGUGGGUGAAUCUUCGGAUUCGGAUGAUGACAAUAAGAGUGAUGUGGAUGAUGACGAUGAAAUAAUAAUUAAAAGACCAAAAUCGAAGAGGAAGAGGGCUGUAGCGGAAGAUGACUCCGACGAAGAAGUUUCUAAAAAGGAGAAAGGAAGCAGAGGCAGUCGUGCGCCAAAAGCUAUCAUGAGUAAGGAUAAAUUGCAACAAGAAACUUUGGAUGCUGAGAAGGCGGAAAGGGAGCGAAGGAAACGUCUGGAACAGAAGCAGAAAGAAUUCAACGGAAUCGAAUUGAUGGAAGGAGUUGACAUAGCUUCUGCUCUAGUCAGUGGAACUAACACUGUGCAAAAACUCAAGUCUGUUGUGGUCGACCCUGAUAAAAAUGGUGACCCACCACAUCCAGUAGCUGUUCAUCCUUCCUUGGUGCGUGUGCUGAAGCCGCAUCAAGCGCAAGGUGUUCAGUUUAUGUACGACAGUGCAUUUGAGUCCAUUGAACGAGUAAAUGAAGCCGGUGGUGGAGGUAUUUUAGCUCACUGUAUGGGUCUUGGCAAAACUUUGCAGGUUAUCACAUUUCUUCAUACUGUGAUGACACAUCCGAAGCUGGUAGAAUAUUCGAAGAGAGUACUUGUAGUAGUUCCAAAGAAUGUUGUGUUAAAUUGGUUCAAGGAGUUCCAGAAGUGGCUUGAGGAUAAUGAUCCGGAACUAGCUGUUAUUGACGUCAUGGAGCUCGAUUCAUUCAAAACGUACAAUGACAGACAUGCAGCCCUUGAGAACUGGUACAAUUGUGAAGUUCCUUCUGUGAUGAUCAUAGGAUAUGAUAUGUUCCGUAUAUUGACGCACGACGAUGAAGAUAACAAAAAGAAACGGGGAGGACAGAAAAAACCUCCUUCGAAAAGAAACAAGCGCCUUUUAAAACUACAACAGCAGUUUAGAGAGUUUUUGCAAGAUCCUGGUCCUGAUUUGGUCGUUUGUGAUGAAGCUCACAAGUUGAAGAAUGACGAUUCAGCGUUGUCGAAGACAAUGGUAAAAAUCAAAACAAAGCGACGGAUUUGUCUCACGGGAACUCCUCUUCAAAACAAUUUGAUGGAGUAUCAUUGCAUGGUGAACUUUGUGAAGCCUGGCUUGCUCGGCACAAAAACUGAAUUUGCCAAUAGAUUCGCGAACAUUAUUAUGCGCGGUCGAGUGAAGGAUGCCACUCCUCUCGAAGUGAAGUUUAUGAAGAGACGAUGCCACGUGUUGUUUGAACAUCUGAAGAAAUGUGUAGAUCGUAAAGAUUACCGAGUGCUUAUGGAAGCGAUUCCCCCGAAACAAGAAUAUGUAAUCAAUGUGCGGUUAACUCCUCGCCAGUGUCAACUCUACAGGGCGUUUUUGGAAGGUGUUGCGAACGAUGGUGCUCGACUGUCUAAGCGUCUUCUUCCUGAUUAUCACGUUCUCGCCCGGGUGUGGACACAUCCUUAUUUGUUGAUUCUACACGAACAAAAACAAGAAAAGGAGCGCAUGCUUCGUGAUGAGAUUUUGGAAGAUGAAGAUUUCAUUGACGAUGGAUCAGGGACAAGCUCUGAGUCAGAUGGAGAGGAAGAUGAGGAGCGAUUCAAAAGAACUCGCAAAAAGGGACCUGGUAGAAAGUCAAAAGAGGAGGAUAGCGAUAGUGAUGUUAUCUUACUUUCCUCGGACGAUGAAAAUCAAUCUGUAGUCGAGGAUAAAAUAGCUCCAAGGAAAUCACGUAGGUUGGAAGGUGAAGAACCAGAGCUUGAAGGCCGUGAUGUCGAGACUCCUCCUGAGUACAACGGGUGGUUUGCACAGUCUGGUUUGGUGUCGCCUGCAGAUCGUGAUGACUAUACUCUCAGCAAUAAACUAGUUCUUUUAAUAGAAAUCCUUAAGAAAUGUGAAGAAAUCGGCGACAAAUUAUUGGUUUUUUCCCAGUCAUUGGAGUCAUUGAAUCUAAUUAAGAAGAUGUUAGAAUAUUUGGACGAGUCUAAACAAUGGUUUGCCGAUGGUCACGAAGCUGUCAAAGCAGAAAAAGAGAAAUGGGGUUGGAAAGAGGGUCGCGAUUACAUGGUAAUUGACGGGUCGGUACAAUCUGGUAAAAGAGACACAGUGCAAGAAAAAUUUAACAAUGCUAGUAAUUUACGCGCAAGGUUAAUGCUAAUAUCCACUCGAGCCGGUUCUCUCGGCACUAAUAUGGUGGCAGCUAACCGGGUGAUAAUCUUUGAUGCCUGCUGGAAUCCUUCUCAUGACACUCAGUCACUCUUCCGUGUAUAUCGCUUCGGGCAAACGAAACCAGUGUACAUAUAUCGAUUCAUAGCACAGGGUACAAUGGAAGAACGGAUUUACAAACGUCAAGUUAUCAAGGAAUCAACUUCAAUGCGGGUUGUUGACGAAGCUCAAAUUCAACGGCAUUACGAUGGACACGACUUGGAGGAGCUCUAUUUAUUUGAUCCUAAUGAGUUAGAUCCCACCGAUGUUCAAACACGACCAAGUUUUGCUCCUCCUAAGGACCGUCUUCUUGCUGAGAUUCUGCUAAGUAAUAAGGAUUCUGUUGUCGACUAUUUCCAACAUGACACCUUGUUUGCUCACGUUGAGGAAGAAAAGCUGUCAGAGGAGGAGCUGAAAGAGGCUUGGAAUGAUUAUGAACGUGAUAAGAACAUGAGCGCAUACGGACGUGCUGGAACUCUUGGAAUGCCAGCGUUUGGAGGAAAUCCUGCUUUGGCUCAGAUGAGCGCAUAUCAGCAAACAUUAUCGCAACACAUGCAGCAGCAGUUUGUGCGAAAUCAGGCUUUACAACAGCUCAACCGUGAUGUUGUUUAUGUGAACUGCUUCAAUAUUCCUCUUAUGGACCACGAUACUGCGAUGAAGGUCACAUACUUGAAGAAGGCUCUCGAGGAUUUGCUACCUCAGAUUCCGCACGAAAUGAGAGGUGGCAUUUCGGAGUUCAAUUCGUAUUUCAUCAACUUCAUAACGCAAGCUGUGGAAAGUAGACACAAUCCAGCAUGGAUGCUGAACCGAGCAGUUUCUACAUUCCGGACCGUGGUGAAACUUGUGAAAGAUCAGCCAAGCUGCAAGCAGACCCUUCGCCAUCUUUAUGCAAGUACCAGUCAGUUUUUUGAUCCAACAGAAGCUCCUCCUUGA